GAAAAUUUCAUUCGUGCGUUGUUGACUGACUUCCCGCGUCUCCAUCUCUUCUCAUUUUCUCUAUCCUAGGGUUUCAAAGCAUCCAUUAUUGGAGGAUUUCCCUGUCUCUCAAGCGCUUAAUUAGUAUGGUGACUGACUACUCUCGAUCAGUCACUUUCUUUCUCUUCGAUCCCCUUCAAAUCUCAUGUAGUUUUUUGUUCUAAUUAUUCUUAAUUCUUACUUCUAUUUUCCGCAUUUUGAUUAAAAUUUCGUUGAUCGGUUUGAUUUACUAAUUUUUUUGUUACUUGUUUUUAUCAAUCGGAUUGAAUUGUUGUUUACUCCAAUCGAUCAUUUUCUUUUGUUUAAUGGUGCGAUCUAUGAUUCAUUUAUAUCUUAGCGCGUUGUAUUUUCUUUGUUCGCCGUCUUUGUUUGCCUAAAGCGGGCUUUUAAAGUUUCGCCAACACUCCAAAAUGUUAAUUUAGCUAAUAACAAUUUUUCAAGGCAGAUCCCUGAUAGUUUGAGCACAUGUGUUGGAAUUUGUGUGCUUAACUUGUCUGCUAAUCAGUUUUCUGGGUCUUUUCCUGCUAGGAUUAAGGGUUUGCAAGGGUUAACGUCACUUGGUCUGUCUUAUAAUUUGUUGAAUGAUGGAUGGGAAUUUGUUUUCUAGGAAUCUGCCGGUUUCAUUACUGAAAUUGAGUUUUACAGGGUAUCUUAAUAUGAGGUAGAAUUUCAUUGCUGAAAUUUGUUUUCUGUGUUGACCGGGGAAAUUCCAUCACCAAUUGGUAAGUUCAGCAGCUUGGAGUUCUUGGCUUUGUCUGAGAACACUUUGACAGGCUCUAUUCCAAGUAAUGUUGGGGAAUUAAGGGUGAUGAAUGUUCUUGAUUUAAGAGAAAGCAAGUUGAUUGGGAGCAUCCCUGCUGAAAUUAGAAAAGCUACUUCUCUACAGGAGUUGAUACUGGAAAACAACUUCAUUAAGGGGAUCAUACCUCCUUCUCUUGAGCAUUGUUCUUCACUCUCAGUACUGUAUGGAAAGAGCUAUACCAAGACUGCCAAAAACUGCAUGGAAAAGGGUGGACAAAGGAUAUCUAGAGGCUUGAGCGCAUCCUUACCAACGUGAACAUAAUAUGGCUGUUUGUCUAUUAAGAGUCUUAAAUAAAAGAAAAAAUUGAGGAAGUUGUGUAGACGUUAGAAAUUGUUUCUGUGUCUUUUUCAUCACUGGUAUCCCUUCUAUGUUUGAAAAGCAUCAAUUCAUGCAUAUCCACUUGAAUUAGCUCUAAGGUCUUAAGAAAUUAUCAAAAUUGAUACAUACUAGCUUACAUAUUUUGAUAUAUUAAAGUGAGCAUGAAUGGUUUGAGCUUA